GGUCCUGGGGAGCGCCAACCUCCAGGGCGUGGAUGGAAGCAGGCAGGGUCCUCCUGAGCAUCAUCGCCCAGCUGCUGGCUUCUGCAUCUGAAGCCGCGGGCGAAGAAACCAGCCACGGUGGAAGCAGCAGCGGGGCGGAAGGGGGCCAAGGCGCUGCGGGGCAGGAUCGGCUUGCUGCCCGACCGGUUUUCGUCCCAAUGGGCGUAGAGCGAAAGGAAGCCGGGGUCGAGGCGGCGGCGGAGGAGGAGGAGAGGAGGAGGAGCAGGCAGGCCGGCUAAGCAGCCGGCCGGUGGCAGCGCGCGAUCCAAGGCGGCCGGAGCGGCCGGGGGAUGGCGCAGCUGGGCCGCCUGGUGCGGCGGCGGCCCUGGCUGUGCAACGUGGCCCUCUACGGGGCGCUCUUCGCGGCGGGCGACGCGGCGCAGCAGCGGCUCCGGCGCCGGCCGGUGGCCGACUGGGCGCAGACGCGGCGCGUGGCGCUGGUGGCGCUGACCUUCCACGGCAACUUCAACUACGUCUGGCUCCGGGCGCUGGAGCGCCUCUUGCCCGGCCGGGCGCCCGCCGCCGUGCUGGCCAAGGUGCUGUGCGACCAGCUGGUGGGCGCCCCCGUGGCCGUGCUGGCCUUCUACACCGGCAUGAGUGUCCUCCAGGGGAAAGAGGACAUUUUCUCAGACUGCAGACAGAAGUUCUGGAAUACAUAUAAGACGGGGUUGAUGUACUGGCCUUUUGUUCAGCUGUCGAACUUCAGCCUGGUCCCCGUGCACCUGAGGACCGCGUAUACUGGCUUGUGUGGUUUCAUCUGGGCGACUUUCCUGUGCUUCUCACAACAAAGUGGGGACGGAACGGCCAGAUCGGUUUUCAUGUUGUUCAGAGGAGAGGACACCGACGCAGACCAGAGAUCCCCGGGGAAAUAGUUACGGGCAAGCCUCGUCAUUCGCGGUUCGCGGUUGGAGAAUAUACACCCAACCUCAAUAUUCGUGGAUACGAAAGGGUUAAAACCCACUUAUCUGUGGUUCCAAGGUGGCCAGAAAUGACCUCCGAGGUCAUUCUUGCUGCCAUUUUUGUUAUUUAUUUUUUACAUUUAUAUCCCGCUCAUCUUCCAAGGAGGAUGGGACCUUCUGCAUGCAGUUUUGCUUAAAGGAGCCAUUUUGUGGCUCUUCUGGUUAAAAAACCAAGAAUCCCCACCCCCAUGAUUUUUCACAGAAAUUUGGACAAAUUAGCAGUUUUGGGGGGCAUUGCUGGACAGAUGGAGACAUGCAGAGCAUGGGACAGCACUUUAUUUUAAUUAUUUCUGUUGUUUUUCACCUUUUUUUCUGACUUUUUCUGCCCUCCAGAAACCUAACCCCCCCAAUUCCCAUCCACUCAAUGACUCAUUAUCCGUGGUUUCGUUAUCCGCGGAAACUGGCAGGAAUGGAAUCCCCACAGAGAACAAGGUCCACCUGAAUGUCUCAAUUACAAAACAUUCCUCAGCUGUCAGGGACAAAGCUGCCUUCUCAGAGGAGAACUCAGUUUUUUCAGUCAAGAUGUGACCUAUCAAUUUUAUCAAGUGGUUUAUCAGGGGAGACCCAACAACACGGGGAAUCAGCUGGGAGAGUCUAGCCUGAUUCAGACAUUAUACUGUAUGAGUGUACACCUGUCUGUACACUUGUACACGUGUUUGUGUGAAUGAUUGUACCUGGUUCGUUGCAGAAGUGAACCUGGUUAUAGGCCCUUCAGAUGCAUGGUACAGAAAGGAAAUGUACUUCUGGGUCUGCAUGCAACAUUUUUGUUUUUAAUUAAUGUUUUGCUUUGGUUUUUAUCUUGUUGUAAACCGCCCAGAGAUGGUAAGUUUUAGGCAGUAUAAAAAUAUGUUAAAUAAAUAAAUAAAUACCAUCUGUGUACAGAUCUGUACCAAUGGACACUGUGCACCCGUCAUACAAGUGUUGAACUUAACAUGUGAAUGGGCCUUCUGCCUGUGCAGGAAAAAGGUUUACCAUACCAUUUCCUUAUUUCUGCCAUUGGCUUUAAAAUUUGGCAAGCCUUCAGGAGGCAAGGUCUCAUGAGUGGGGCUCCCUCAAGCUGGAAGAGGCAGGGUCUCUGCAAACCAAGUAUUACCACACACUGGCCUUCCGGAAUGUUCCAUACCAAGUCAAAAUGGCAGCACUCCGGGGUUAGUGGGACCUAGAGAACAACCAGCUUGCCUACCUCUUAUUUUCUAGCUUACUGGGUGGCUACAGGUGGCCACUGACUAAAUGGUGGGCGUGGGGCUGGUUCUCACACUUUGUUUGGAGAGGCCAUUCAUGGAUGGCAAAGGGGCACUUAUCCAUUUGGAACUUUUCCUACACACGGGCCAUUCGUGCUCUUGUGUAGGUCCCUUUCCUUUCGAUAGGGAUUGUGCAGGAGAAACUCCAGAGCAAUGGGGAGGAGAGCAGGUCUUAUGGUAGCAAGCAUGAAUUGUCCCCUUUGCUAAGCAGGGUCUGCCUUGGUUUGCAUUUAGAUGGGACACAUGAGUGCCGUCUACUGUAAGCUAUUCCCCUCAGGAGAGGAGGCCAUAGAUCAGAAGCGAGCUUCUGCUUGCAUGCAGAGGGCCCCAGGUUCAAUUCCUGGAAGCAUUUCCAGGUAGGGCUGCCCGCAAACUUGGAGAAGCCGCUGCCAGUCUGUGUAGACGAUACCAAGCUAGAUGGACCAAGGGCCUGACUCAGUAAAAGGCAGCUGCUUCCUAUAUUCCUAAAUAUCUAAAUCGGGGGUCCCCAACCCGUGGUACUCCAGAUGUUGAUGAACUACGAUUCUCAGCCACAAUAAAUUGUAACUGGGGAUGGAGUUCAGCAACAUCUGGAGUGCCAAAGCUUGGUAACCCUUGAUUUAAAUACAUGCCUGCCUGGCUGCUGGAUAUGCCAAUGUCUGGAUGAAGAUGCCAGUUGGCAUAUAUUUAGUUACUGGGUCAUCAGUGGGUUAUUGAACAGGCCACUAGUGGGCAGUAUAUCUAGGAUGUUUUAUUUCUGCAUCUAUUUUUAUCUGCACAAAGGAGCCCAUUUUGAAUCACUGGGCAGAAAUUUCCAUGCUGCUGGACUAUUUCUCCAAGGACCAAAUCUGCUUGCUUUUUUCCCAAGGCAGUGCACAUGUGCACAUCACAGCCUCACUGUAUCAACUCUAUAAUAAUUAAAUUUUUAGCAGUGUUUAAUUGCUAGAAUGGGGAUGGAUUGUUGAGUCAUCAGUUUAUGUAUUUACUAAUUAUGCACAUUCUGUAUGGGUUGUGUUUCCAGUAUCCAGGAAUGUACUUAGAUUUGCAAACUAGCAACGUUGUCUCACAGGGAUCAGAGAAAACAUUUUAAAUGUAGGCUUUUCCUUGGUCUGACUCAGAUUGUGGGCAGACAUUUAACCGGAUUCUGGAAAACAUACACACACAAUGCCAAGGUUAACGGAAUCAGGCAUGUUACCUCUUUGUCAAUUACUGCAGCCAUAAGCAAAAUUUCAGGCUGAUCUAUUAUGUAUUUUGAAGAAUUUGUGCAAAAUAAAGUCAUUUUGCUAACUUGGUCCCUGCUAACUUGGCAAAGAGGCACCUUUUAACAUGGUGGCUCUCUUUGUUUAGCAGGGGGAGAGUAACUGGCCCUCUCCACCCCCAGCACAGCAUCCCUCCAGUAUCUGUUGCUGGUGUCUAUCUUAUGUUUCUUUUUGGAUUGUGAGCCCUUUGGGAACAGGGAGCCAUCUUAUUAAUUAAUUAAUUAAUUAAUUAAUUAAUUAAUUCUCUGUGUAAACUGCCCUGAGCCAUUUUUGGAAGGGCAGUAUAGAAAUAAAAUACUUAUUGAUGAUCUACAGAUACUAAAUUUUGCAUACACAAUUCUGCCACUGAAAUCAGCUGAAUGCACUACAUUUUACACUGGAAUAUGCUCAGUGAAAAUAUAAUUUAUUUAUUUUAUAUAUAUAUAUAUAUAUAUAUAUAUAUAUAUAUAUAUAUAUAUAUAUAUAUAGUAUUUUUAGAACAAAUUCUGAAUAUCAUUCUUCCCAAUUACCUUUUUCUCCCCACCUCGUCUCACCGGCCACGCCUGGUUGCCCCUUACAGUCCCCCACCCCUGUACCAGUAAAGGCGAAUCAUCGCCGGAUUUCCCUUUACAAGUAUAUUACGUGACCCGGAACUGGGUCGGUUCGGAUUUGAACCAAACUGGCCAAACCAGUUCUGUGCACAGAAGCUCGAUCAGCGGAGGAGAAAGUGAUCGUGUGGGAGGCGGGUGCAGACUCUGAUAGUGUUUCUGCCUACCUUGGUAAUAUGUUUGGUAAAAGUGCUGUGUAGGACAUUGCUGUCAGAGCCUGCCCUCCCUUCCCACACAAUCACUUUCCCCUCCUCUAAUCUAGGUUUUCACUCAUACACGACUGGAAAUUGGAAACAGCUCCCAAAGCUGGGUGGACAAGUGUAAAAUACGUUGGUAACAGAAACAGAAGUGAUGUCCAAAAAUUCUGAUUCUGUUACUGAUGUGUUUUGCACGUUUCUGACACCACCUAUAAUAUUUAAGGGUUUCAUAAAAAUGUGGUCUUGUAGAUGUUCUCUUGCCAGUGUGUAUUAUACUAUCAACUUGAAAAUUUGCUUUUAGCUGCAGUCAUUGAAAAAGUGGUAAUCUGAGUGAUUCCGUUACCCUUGGACUUGCCCUCUACUUGAUCUGUUUUUAAACCCCACUCUUUAACCAAGUCAUAGGCUACCAAUAUCCAGCACGUGUUUAGUUUCUCCAAGGACCAAAUCUUUAAAAGAUAAAUUUGUUAGAGCUUUUAGUUAAAAGUCAGAGAGAAUUUAUAACUCACCUCCCCCCCAGAGAGGGGAACUGGAAUGGUAUAAUUGUGCUCUCUGUGAAUGAAAAGUUACUUAGAAAAGUCACAGAGGAAGUAUCCUGAAACAUGUCUGACUCAUAUUGCAAAUUGUAGAAGAACAAAGGAUUUGCAAUACAGCCAAGACAAUUGGUGAAUAUUGAAAUUUUUUUGACAUUUUGAGAUAUUUAUGAUUGCCUGCCAUAUAAUUUUAGACAUUAACGUGCAAUAUUGUUAGAGUUUAUACUUCUGUUUUAAAGUUCUGUUAGAUUAUAAGAACAGUUGUGGUCAUUUAGAUAGGUAGAUAUUUGUGGACCAUUAUGCAUUUGGACUUUUAAUAUUUACAUAUAGUUAUACAUGGAUAAUUAAUUAUUAGUUAAUAAACAUAUGCAAUGAAUGUAAUUUUUACUCCUGAACUUCUUAACUCAUUUAGUUCCAUUUGGGUCAGGAAUAUUUCCUCUUAGAUGUGUGUUAACCACCAGGUUCUCCUGCUCUGUGUAUGUAUUUAAUGACCUCAAGUUAGUGAAACAAUUCAAAAGUGGCAUUAUUUAUUGCAGAAGGUAUACUCCAACAUGACUCCCCAGAUUUGGUUGGACUACAACUCCUAUCAUCCCUCGGUAUUUGCCACUGUGGCUAGAGAAGAUGGGAGUUGGUAGUCCAGCAGCAACAGCUGGAAGGCUGAGGUUGUGCAGCCCUAGCCGAAGGCCAUUGUGGAUGGGAAUGAUGGGAAUUGUAGUCCAACAAGAUUUGGGAUCAAGAACCCCUCUAUUACAGAAUUGAAACUGCUGAAUUGCAUGUGAUAUAAUGCUGUUUUUCAGCUAGUCUGUAGUAUGGUCGCAGGUAUGUGAUUACUGUCGUGAUUAUCAAAUAAUUUUGAAAAUCUGUGCAAUGGUUUUACUAAUGAUUGUUAUUUUUUAAAAAAAUCUUCUUUGUGUGCCUUAUAUGUACAUUGAUUAAUUGUAUUCAUUUUGAAAUAAACAAACUGGACAGAAAGCAAAACAA